AUGGCGGCUGCCCCCACCACGGCUCUGGUGGGGCGGGAGCGGUUGUUGUUGGCGGUGCAGCCGCAGCAGCUGGGCGAGGAAUGUGCUUCCUUUGCGUGCCAGCCGCGGCGAGCAGGCCCGGACAUCUGGCCCUUCCCCGCCCUGCUCGGCCCCAGGAAGCCGUGGACGGCUGCUCUGGGCUCCGCGGCCAAACGCAAGCCGGAGUUCUACAGCCUCCGCAGGGCUGAGGACCGGCCGAGCGCCGGGCCCGCGGCUGGGCAGGACGGGCGGGACCUCGCGGGCCGUGGGCAGGUGGGACUGGGCCUGCUCAGCGCACUCAGCCGCUCCAGGGGCUGGUCCAAGUCGGGGCCCCGCUGCGUGCGGAGACAGGAACGGGCCCGGCCCUCCUCCUACAGCCAGGACGGGGCUGUGGCCGCCCGGACUCGGCACUCAGCGGUUCUGCGGGUCCUGGCCGUGCAGGUCCUGUGUCUGCCCACGCUGGCCGUGGUGCGUCUCCCCCGCCCCACCCACUGCAUCCCCCUGUCCCGAGAGCGCUGGACCGGAUGUUCCCGGUCGGGACCAGCUGAGACCUCCAGGGUUUGUUUUCGCGAGGCCGAGAACAGAUAUCGAGAGGACGGGCCCGCGCCGGCGCUGCCCCACGGCCGCUUCCACGGCUGCUUAAAGUGGUCAAUGGUCUGUCUGUUGAUGAACGGCAGCGGCCACUCGCCGACCGCCGUCAGCGGGGCCCCGUCCACGCCCAGCGGCUUCAGCGAUGGCCCGGCCUCCUCCUGCACGGCCGCCCUGUCCACGCAGCACCUGCCCCCGGCCUGCGGCGCGCGGCAGCUCAGCAAGCUCAAGCGCUUCCUCACCACGCUGCAGCAGUUCGGCAGCGACAUCUCCCCGGAGAUCGGGGAGCGCGUGCGCACGCUGGUGCUGGGCCUGGUGAACUCAACGCUGACCAUCGAGGAGUUCCAUUCCAAGCUCCAGGAGGCCACCAACUUCCCGCUGCGGCCGUUUGUCAUUCCCUUCCUGAAGGCAAACCUGCCCCUUCUGCAGCGGGAGCUCCUGCACUGUGCCCGCCUGGCCAAGCAGACCCCCGCCCAGUACCUGGCCCAGCACGAACAGCUGCUGCUGGACGCCAGCGCCUGCUCCCCCACCGACUCCUCCGACCUCCUGCUGGACGUCAACGAGAACGGCAAGAGGAGGACACCUGACAGGACCAAAGAGAACGGGUCGGACCGUGACCCGCUGCUCCCCGAACACCUCAGCAAGCGGCCGUGCACCCUGAGCCCCGCCCAGCGCUACAGCCCCAGCAACGGGCUGCCCCACCCCACGCCGCCCCCGCACUACCGCCUAGAGGACAUGGCUGUGGCCCACCACUUCCGAGACCCCUACCGGCCCCCCGACCCCCGGGAGCUGCGGGAGCGACAUCGGCACCUCG